UGGAGCGGGAGUCACCCUGGGCACCGCCGUGGCCGCAGCCGCGGCAGCUGCGCGCUAGCCAAGACCCAGACGGCUGCAGGAGCCCGGGCAGCCUAGCGUGCGGCGGCACCAUGAACGGCUCGGGCGGCCCCGGGGCCGAGAACGCGAGCCAGGCGGGCGGCGCGGGCGGCUGGCAGCCCGAGGCGGUCAUCGUGCCGCUGCUCUUCGCGCUCAUUUUCCUCGUGGGCACCGUGGGCAACGCGCUGGUGCUGGCGGUGCUGCUGCGCGGCGGCCAGGCAAUCAGCACCACCAACCUGUUCAUCCUCAACCUGGGCGUGGCCGACCUGUGUUUCAUCUUGUGCUGCGUGCCCUUCCAGGCCACCAUCUACACCCUGGACGGCUGGGUGUUCGGCUCGCUGCUCUGCAAGGCCGUGCACUUCUUCAUCUUCCUCACCAUGCAUGCCAGCAGCUUCACGCUCGCCGCCGUCUCCCUGGACAGGUAUCUGGCCAUCCGCUACCCGUUGCACUCCCGCGAGCUGCGCACGCCUCGAAACGCGCUGGCAGCCAUCGGGCUCAUCUGGGGACUGUCGCUGCUCUUCUCCGGGCCCUACCUGAGCUACUACCGCCAGUCGCAGCUGGCCAACCUGACCGUGUGCCACCCGGCGUGGAGCGCGCCUCGCCGCCGCGCCAUGGACCUCUGCACUUUCGUCUUCAGCUACCUGCUGCCGGUGCUGGUUCUCGGCCUGACCUACGCGCGCACCCUGCGCUACCUCUGGCGCGCCGUCGACCCGGUGGCCGCAGGCUCAGGUGCCCGGCGCGCCAAGAGCAAGGUGACGCGCAUGAUCCUCAUUGUGGCGGCGCUCUUCUGCCUCUGCUGGAUGCCGCACCACGCGCUUAUCCUGUGCGUGUGGUUCGGCCGCUUCCCACUCACGCGGACCACUUACGCGCUGCGCAUCCUCUCGCACCUGGUGUCCUAUGCCAACUCCUGCGUCAACCCCAUCGUUUACGCGCUGGUGUCCAAGCACUUCCGCAAGGGUUUCCGCAAGAUCUGCGCUGGCCUGCUGGGCCGUGUCCCACGCCGAGCCUCGGGCCGCGUGUGCGUGGCCGCGCCAGGCGCCCACAGCGGCAGCGUGCUGGAGCGGGAGUCCACCGACCUGACGCACGUGAGCGAGGCGGCCGGGCCUGUCCCUGCCCCAGACCUCGCCAGUCACGCACCCUCGAGCCCAGUCCCUGGCCCUUCCUGGAGAGGCCAAAAGGCAGGCAACAGCGUCCUGACAGUUAACGUGACUUGAAGGCACUUACAGGGUACGCUUGGAUGUUAAGGGGUUGGAGUCAUUGGUUGGGAUCUUGGGGAGAGUUUUGUCUGUUAAUAAAACCACAAACCAUUUCACAUGCGGUGA